AUGUUGCAUUCCACACCCAUUCCAAACCUUGUUCUUGAUAAACCACCCCACCACCAAGACCAUGCUACUACUACUGCUACUACAACCGAUCUUCCUGUCAGCCCCGAGGAGCUUGAAUCGUUAAGGCAAGCUUUCCGUAUCUUUGAUUCGACUGGCACAGGCAGCAUUACCAUUGGCCAAUUCAGCAAAAUCGUCAAGAAUCUCAACAUUGCGACCGAUCCCAACGAGAUUGACUGUAUCGCACGCUCUGUCGACUUGAACAAUGACCACGUGAUUGAUUUUGAGGAAUUUGCUACCGCCAUGAUUCGCCACUUGGCACCCUUACAUCCUGCUCAUGAGCCCCUGCAGCCAACUGCUACAACAACAGCAUCAUCUCGACGAGUGCGGAGCAAACGUAUUAGUUUUCAUGACGAGAUGGAACUUCUCCAAUGCUUCCAAGCCUUUGACAAGAAUGGCGAUAACCGUAUUAGUCAACAAGAACUUGCUGAAGUCAUGAUCAGUCUUGGCGAACGACUUUCCUCACAUGAUCUCCAGGCUAUGAUGAAGGAAGCCGAUAUCAACCGAGAUGGAUACAUUGACUUUGAAGAAUUCAAACAGCUUUUACCAUCAUGA